UGCUUUCAGUUCAGGAAGCAAAGCUAACUUGCCUCGUAUGGCCCCACACACAUCACAACGCAGUUCACCAAACAUUUCACGAUAUUCGUGCAGGGAAACAAAUGACGUCUUGUAUGGAGUGAACAGCCGUCAAGAGUAGUCGUUUCCUUUUUUUUUUUUUUUUUUUUUUUUAAAGGCUACUGAUGAUGGACUGGACGGUGAGCAGGGCCUUGGUUUGGUGUGUGUUGCUUUACUACGUUGCUUCGCCACUCAAGGUGUUUUGCAGCGCCAGCACAGUUUCGCUCCCUGAAAGCUUGCUGUUUGUGUCCACGUUGGAUGGAAAUCUGCAUGCCGUGAGCAAGAAAUCGGGCUCAAUUAAAUGGACGCUGAAAGAAGAUCCAGUUCUUCAGGUCCCCACGCAUGUUGCAGAGCCAGCCUUUUUGCCAGAUCCCAAUGACGGAAGUUUGUAUUCUCUGGGUGGAAAGAACAACGAAGGACUUACAAAAUUACCAUUCACUAUUCCUGAGUUGGUGCAAGCAUCUCCCUGCCGCAGUUCGGAUGGGAUCCUUUACAUGGGUAAGAAGCAGGACCUCUGGCAUGUGGUGGAUUUGUUGACUGGGGAGAAGCAGCAGACGCUAACGUCAUCAUUCGCCGACAUGCUGUGUCCUUCCUCAUCUUUGCUCUAUUUGGGACGCACAGAAUACACCAUCACAAUGUAUGACACCAAAAGCCGAGAGUUGCGCUGGAACGCCACAUAUUUGGACUACGCCUCCACACUUCCUGAUGAUGACACCAAAUACAAAAUGGCCCAUUUUGUUUCGAACGGCGACGGCCUAGUGGUGACGGUGGACAGCGAAUCCGGCGACGUCCUCUGGGUCCAGAACUACAAUUCCCCUGUGGUAGCUAUCUACAUCUGGCAGCAUGAGGGCCUUCGCAAAGUGGCCCACACGAACGUAGCGGUGGAAACACUACGCUACCUUACGUUCAUGUCUGGAGAGGUGGGCCGUAUCACCCAGUGGAAGUACCCCUUCCCCAAGGAGAAGAAGACUGAUAAUAAGUUAAUGGACACUCUGUAUGUGGGUAAAUACUCCACCAGCUUGUAUGCCUCACCCUCCCUGGUGCAUGAUGGAGUCACAGUAGUGCCUCGAGGCAGCACCUUCCCCAUGCUGGAAGGUCCAGACGGGCAGGAGACGGACGAGGACAAAGAGUGCGUCAUCACGCCCAGCACCAGCGUCAAGUUCAACUCUGCUCUCCGUGAGCGAAACCGCAUCAACUUCAUGCGCAACUACCUGCUACUCAUCGGUCAUCACGAGACGCCUCCUGAAGCCCACCACAAGAUCCUGGAAAGAUUCCCUGACAGCCUUCCUCGUAACCAGGGCAACGUCAUUCCGCCGACCAGAAACAAGAAAGCUGAGGAGCAGGUGGAAAAGGUGGUCAUGGAUGAUAUUCCGCCUUCUCCUAUGCCUGAAAUAUCAAUCCAAGAACCAGGACUCAGUGGUCGGACUGUGCGCCCAGAGGCCCCAGUGGACUCUAUGCUGAAAGACAUGGCCACUGUCAUUUUUUCCACUUUCCUGUUGGCAGGCUGGGUGGCUUUUAUGAUCACUUACCCCAAGAGUGUCCACAAGCAGCAGCAGCUGCAGCACCAAGAGUUCCAAAAACAAAUGGAAGAGAGGUUGGAGAUGCUCCAAAAGCAGCAGCCGUUUCCCCAUGUGGACAUGUCACUUCCCCUUGUCCCGGAUGGUGACUACCUUGAAGUGGCGCACAAUCGCUCGGAAUGCUCAGAACACAGCAGCCCGAACAUCACACCCCGUGCGUCCAACCAUUCAAAUCUUUCAGUUUCGGAACUAGGCAGCUCUGCCAACGAACACGAGGACGGAGACGACGACUCUAACAUUGUCAGAGUGGGCAACAUAACAUUCCAUCCUAAACAAGUUUUGGGCCAUGGUGCUGAAGGCACUAUUGUGUACAAGGGUCAGUUUGACAACCGUCCAGUCGCGGUGAAAAGAAUUCUCCCAGAGUGCUUCAGCUUCGCAGAUCGCGAAGUUCAGCUGCUGAGAGAGUCUGACGAGCACCCAAACGUGAUCCGGUAUUUCUGCACGGAGAGGGAUCGCCAGUUCCAAUAUAUUGCCAUUGAACUGUGUGCUGCCUCUCUUCAAGAGUAUGUUGAGAAGAAGGAUUUUGAUCGUCACGGACUAGAACCGGUUAUGCUGCUUCAGCAGGCUAUGUCGGGAUUAGCCCAUUUACACUCACUCAACAUAGUUCACAGAGACUUAAAACCUCACAACAUCCUGGUGUCCAUGCCCAACGCCCACGGUAGGGUCCGGGCCAUGAUUUCUGACUUUGGCCUGUGCAAGAAGUUAGCGGUGGGCCGCCACAGCUUCAGCAGAAGGUCAGGGGUGCCGGGGACGGAGGGCUGGAUCGCUCCUGAGGUGCUCAGCGAGGACUGCAAAAACAACCCGACCUGUGCUGUUGAUAUCUUCUCUGCCGGAUGCGUAUUCUACUACGUUGUGUCACAAGCCUGCCACCCGUUUGGUAAAUCCCUGCAGAGGCAAGCCAACAUCCUUUUGGGAACAUACAGUUUAGACCAUCUGCAAACCGACAAACAUAGUGACAUUGUAGCCCGAGACAUAAUCGAGCAGAUGUUGAGCAUGGAGCCUCAUUUGAGGCCUACAGCAGAAUGUGUCCUCAAACACCCUUUCUUCUGGAGUCUGGAGAAGGAACUGCAGUUUUUCCAGGACGUGAGUGACAGAAUCGAGAAGGAACCGCUGGACGGACCAAUCGUGAGACAGCUGGAGCGAGGAGGGAGGGCUGUGGUCAAGAGUGACUGGAGGCAACAUAUCACAGUGCCACUGCAGACAGACCUGCGGAAAUUUCGCUCCUAUAAAGGCGGCUCAGUUAGAGACCUCCUUCGUGCAAUGAGGAACAAGAAACAUCAUUACAGGGAGUUGCCUGCAGAAGUCCAGGAGACAUUGGGCUCCAUCCCCGACGACUUUGUUUCCUACUUCACUUCACGUUUCCCCCACCUGCUAAUGCACACAUACCUGGCUAUGCGGACCUGCGUCACAGAGAGGCUUUUCCUGCCUUACUAUUCCAAAAUGACUAAAGUGGACUACACGCCACUAACACAAAAAACGCCAACGGACAUGCCAGAACCACAAAAAUCCACAGAUUCGUCAGAAAACACAUCACCACAUGAGCUCGCUGGUUCUUUAGACCCGCCUGCCGAGACUGCUGAAGCAUCGCCGUCAAAAUUAAACUGUCACACGCUCGCUUCAGAGACACCGGCGUCCAUUCUCAGGAUAAACGGUUUCAGCCUGUCAGAUGUGCACACAGCGGAUAGCACGGCAGUGUGAACGCAGUCUUUUGGGACCCAGCUCAAGAGCGAGCUUCGCCUUAAACAGUUGCUGUGUUGGUACCAGGCCAACAGUGCUUGGGAUCCAGUCGCCUACAAACAGCCGCUGCCUCUUGAUUUUAACAAGUGCCUUCUGGGGAUUUUGUGAUGUAGCUAAAUUGAAUAGUUUACAAUUUGUUUUAAUUUCUUUUUUUUUUUUUUUUUUAACAAGUCCAAAAAUAGUAUUCGUCCCCAAAAUGUCCGGCCUUCUAUUGUGGGAAUUAUUGUUGAACAGUUUGGUUAGUUCUAUUGUGCAAUGUAGUAUUUUUCAGUGAGUUUAUUCACUGCAUGGAUACUUUGUGUAUAUAUUUUUAUAGACUUACAAUGUGGCAAGUGGGCCUUUUUUUAAAAAAAAAGAUAACAAAAAUAACGCGUCACUGUGCUGUAUGGUUACAGAGGGUUCUUAUUGACUAUUCUAAAUAUGCUUCUUAAUGCUGCUAGCGCUUUUUUGUCAAUCAAGACUAUUGUGCGGAUGUACAAGUGGACUGGCGUCUGACGUUUUCAGGAUCGGAAUACAGCAGGGACCGGUAGCUUAAUUUUUUUUUUUAAUGAUUAUUCAAGUGUGACUAUUAUGGUCAGUCAGCAGAUUGCUCGUGCUUCGGAACGUUCCACGUGAGUGUCUCAGUGAAGUUGAUGACUUGCACAUUAAAGUAUUUUGUUUUGUACUGAAA